GCCGCGACGGAGGGGCGGGCCCACGGCUGAGUCCCUUUCCGCGCCGUCCCGUGCGCGCGGUGGGUGUGUUUCGGGAAGCGGGCGCGCGCGCGCUCGCGUCGGAGGACCGGAAAGGAGGCGGGGCCGCGGCGGCGCGCGCUCCCGGAACGCGCGCACCGCAGACGGCGCGGAUCGCAGGGAGCCGGUCCGCCGCCGGAACGGGAACCUGGGUGUGAGUGUGGAGUCGGGACUCGUGGGAGACGGUCGCGAUGAACACGGUGCUGUCGCGGGCGAACUCACUGUUCGCCUUCUCGCUGAGCGUGAUGGCGGCGCUCACCUUCGGCUGCUUCAUCACCACCGCCUUCAAAGACAGGAGCGUCCCGGUGCGGCUGCACGUCUCGCGGAUCAUGCUAAAAAAUGUAGAAGAUUUCACUGGACCUAGAGAAAGAAGUGAUCUGGGAUUUAUCACAUUUGAUAUAACUGCUGAUCUAGAGAAUAUAUUUGAUUGGAAUGUUAAGCAGUUGUUUCUUUAUUUAUCAGCAGAAUAUUCAACAAAAAAUAAUGCUCUGAACCAAGUUGUCCUAUGGGACAAGAUUGUUUUGAGAGGUGAUAAUCCGAAGCUGCUGCUGAAAGAUAUGAAAACAAAAUAUUUUUUCUUUGACGAUGGAAAUGGUCUCAAGGGAAACAGGAAUGUCACUUUGACCCUGUCUUGGAACGUCGUACCAAAUGCUGGAAUUCUACCUCUUGUGACAGGAUCAGGACACGUAUCUGUCCCAUUUCCAGAUACAUAUGAAAUAACGAAGAGUUAUUAAAUUAUUCUGAAUUUGAAACAACAUAUUUUUAUACUUAAUGAAUUGUAUCUCAUUAAUCUCUUCCCUUACAUCUUCAUUUAUUGUUGGUUUGUUUUUUGGUUUUUGGUUUUUUUUUUUUUUUUUUUUUUUUGGCAUAAGAACUAACAUCAAAAGGCCUGUUUAAAGGGAAAGGUUAAUGGGCUACUUAAUAUUAUGAACAAAACAAAAAAACAAGGCUGCCACAGUGGAAUAUUAUCUUACAAGAGUAAGAACUACAUAAAACAGAUUUGUAAAAAUACAUAUUUGAAGUAUUCCCUGUAUUUCCAUUAUUCUUUAUGGAAUAUAAAGUGAGCAUGAAAGGUAGUUAAAACUUUCAGGUGCCUGUAGAGUCAUAAUAACUCUGUAUUUUAUGCCUUGCAUUCACGCAAAUUCACAUUGGAUGUGAUUUAAAAGUAGACAUUCUCUUUUUCCUCUUUUAGGAUAUGUUUGAUUACUGGAAAAUUAAUAUGGUUGUUAGAAGUCUGGUUUGUAAAAAAGCCAAAAGUGAUGGAAUUUAUUCCAUUUGUCUUAGGAAGGCCCAUAAUACUUGUUUUUCUUACAUGUGACUAGCAACUUUCUCCACUUAAAGACUAAAUACCUCUUUAUAUGAUGUAAAUUAUUCUAAUUCAUUCUAAAAUCUUUUAGGUCAACAAAAUGUGUGUCUUCAGUGCUUUCUCUAAAAAUGUUCCUUUAUAGCUUUGUAUUUUUUUUUUUAGCGUUGCCAUUGAAAGUUAAAAUGUUUGCAUGGUUUACCCUCUGAGUUACGUUUCUUCUAGUGAGCAUGCCUGCUGUCACUAAGUGAAUUAUUUACUACUAUUUGUAGGUCUAUAUUUUAAUAAUUAUUGGGAUAAUAAUAAUUGUGGUAUGCUUUCCAUUUACAAACCACUCAUAUACUUUAGUGUAUGUCAUCCUUAAUAAUCUAAUGAGGUAAGUAGUAUAAGUGUUAGCUCUUUGCAGAUAAGAAACUGAAACCCAGAAGUUUAUUGAAUUGCUCCAUUGUUACCUAGCCAGCAAGGAGUGGAAUUAAAACUUGAACUCAGAUCUUCUAAUUUUCUGAGCUCAUCCUUUCUCUUAUACCUCAGAUUGCAGACUAAUCAAAUUUCACUUAAAACCUUCCUGAUAUUGUUGUUACCCUGGACACCCUUUCUAUUCUAGAAAAGGUUUCCCAUUUUAUACGGAAGUGACUAAUUUUCAAGCUGCCAACAACUUAUAUCGAGGUAAUAUUUUAUUCUCUGAAUAAAUUCAUUUCACUUAUAUUAAAAGCAUAAGGAAAUCUACAUGUAUGUAAAAAUAACUUAGAAAUUCAGUACAUAAUACAUGAUUGAAUACAUGAUCGUAUUUAACAUGAUUUUUUUUUCUGCAGUGGACAAAUAAACAUCCUCAAAGUAGCAACUGCAAAUCAGUUACCCUUAGAAAAGCAAGACCAAACACUGUAGUUACACUAUUAGCAGUGACCAAAAAGGGCUAAUAUUUUCUAAGAAUAGUUUAAAUUACAGACAUUUGUUAUAUUUACCUUAUGUGAAAUACAUCACGAUUUAAUUACAUUAAUUUUAACAUCUGUUGUGUGGAGUUGUAUAGUUCAUGCAAAAGCCUGUGGGUAUGGGUUUUUCAAACCAGCAGAAAGGUCAAAGGUACUUGAAUGCUAAACUGCCUGGCUCCCAGCUUUUUCAUUAAACUUUUCAGGGUCUUGGUUUCUUUAUCUGUAAAAUGACAGAGUUGGACCAGUUAACUUUAAUGGCGAUCCUUUUACACCACACAAGUUUAUAAAAUUUAUCUGUUCAGCAAAGAGAUUGAACAAAAAAGCACGUUAGUAACAUGAAGACAGGAAAAUGAAUGAAAGUCUAACACAUAACUCAUAUUGAUUUACUUUAUUUCUGUUAGAUUUUACGCUCCGAAAAUUUCACCUCAUUUAGUUUGUACAAAUACUAGACAUGGAAACUUAAAAUGUGCAGGUGUCAAAGCUUAAAAAUCAGGUGUGUCCUCUUUAAAGAAGGCAUGCGCAAUAAGCCUGCAGUCUUAACCAGACCAGGUACCAGUUUAACAGUUCAUUAUACUUCUGUGAUGAGUGGAUCUGUUAGUCUGGUAGAGAUUAAUGUUGAAAUUUACUUGAAUUACAGUUAUUUGACAAGCCCACUUUUUUUGGAGUUUGGUGAGGAAGAGAAGUAAAAAUGCCCAACUAGUACAAUGUGGAGAAAGUUUUCUGUUUGCUUGACUAAGGGAAAUUGCUCAGAAAAAGAAUGCUCCAACAUGGGAAUAAGGACCUUCAGUCUCAGGAACUCAUUUUUGGGUGCAGUUUCUACAUUUAAAAAAUUGACUUGUGUUCAGUUUGAUAACCAGUUCAUUUGCUUUAGUCUCAGUGUUUUGAAGAAGUCUCAUAAUGUUCUACAAAGACACAAAGCUUCAGGCUUAUACAAAACUGAGUAUGAUUAGAAAUACCUGAGCCCAGAAAUGAUUCUGAGAAAAGAGAAUAAUUUGAAGACACUUAUUUAAAAGUAAUUAUGGUUAGAAAUGAAUUAAUUUAAAAAUGUGUUCACAUAUCCCUUUCUCUAACAGUUUAACCUAGACAAACAUCUGUAUCAGUGUUUUUUUAUUCCCCUGAUUGAUUACAUUUGGUUUCUUUAUUCUGAAAGGAAAAUAACAAAAACUUCAGAAAUUCCUAAGGGUGUAAUAAGAAAGUGGGUUUUGAGUUUCCUUUCCUGGAAUUAUUUUACAGUUCUUUGGUGGGUCUCGUCAGCCAAUUCAUAGCUGGGCUUUAAGAUUAUCAUCUUAGAGAUGAUAGAUGGGCUUUUUAAAGAUUUCAUCUUAGAGAUGAAAAGCUGGGCUUUUUCUCUUAAGAUGAUGAUAAUCUUAAAGCCCAGCUAUUAAUUGAUAAUGAACAUUUUUCACUAUUUUUUUUCUAUCUGAAGCUUAGAGAUCUAGAGCUUUGGAUCUUUGGGGUAUAUGUCAAUGGAGGUACUAUUUUAUAAUACUUUGCAUUGACAUGAAGUGGGUUCAUGGGGGAAAACCAUAAGCUGUGAACAUUGGUAGCAAACAAGCAUAUAUUCAUUUCAAAGCUUUCCUUGCUUUUAGCAGAGAGAAGCCUGUAUAUGUUACAUGUGUGACUUUCAGUAGUUUAAAGAGAUGUUUCAAAAAAUUGUUGCAUGUUUUUGAUGCAAUUUGGGAAAUUGUUUACUUCACAAUGUAGUCAUUCAUAAAAAAAUUCAUGAAAAUACUGAACAUAUGUUUGAGAAUUUUUCUUUUCCUUUUUAAAUUUUUUUAUUUUUUCUGAGACGGAGAUCUGCUCUUACUUCCAGGCUAGAGUGAAGUGGUGCGAUCUUGGCUCACUGCAACCUCCACCCCCCCCAGGUUCAAGCGAUUCUCCUGCCUCAGCCUCCGGAGUAGCUGGGAUUACAGGCGCCUGCCACCACGUCCGGCUAAUUUUUGUAUUUUCAGUAGAGACGGGGUUUCGCUAUGUUGGCCAGGCUGGUCUCAAACUCCCGACCUCAAGUGAUCCACCUGCCUCGGCCUCCCAAAGUGCUAGGAUAACAGGUGUGAGCCACCGUGCCCGGCCGAAGAUUUUUCUUAAUUGCAAUAAAUAUUCAGCAUUUUUUCUAAUGAAAAUGAAUUUUGUUUACCAGUAAAAGUAUGCAUUUUAAAAGACUUUCAGAUUUAUGCUUUUUACGUGAAGCUGCUAAACUAAAAGUAAAUGGAAGAAACCAAGUCUAGUAGGUUUUUUCUUUUUUUUGUGGGGGUGGGAUGGGGGAGGUUAGUUACACUUAAAAUAUCUUCUCCAGAGACUGUAUGCUCCUAUACUAGACUGUAAGCUCUUUGAGGGCAGUCUGUCAGAUUUAUCUUUGUAUCUUCCCCAGCGCCUAGUAUAGUGCCUUGCACAUAAUAGGCGCCCAAUAAAUAUUGAUGCCAAGAA